AUGGCAACUACAAACGGUUCAUCCAAUGGCAUCUCGGCCAAGUCUUUUGGCUUCAUUGGGCUUGGUAUCAUGGGAUGGGGCAUGGCAAAAAACCUAAGGGCUAAGAUCCCAGCCGAUUCAGUGUUGUAUGUCUGCGAAGUCAACAAGCCCCGACGAGACGAGUUUGUGGCAUCAACGGCGGGCAAGAUUCAAGUUGUGGAUAGUCCACGCGAGAUAGCUGAGAAGAGUGACAUAAUAAUCACCAUGUUGCCCCGUGGCGAGCACGUUCGUGAGGUUUUCACAAACCCGCAGACUGGCCUCCUCUCAGUGGCUGGCUCGGUGAAGCUGGGAAGCAAGGUUUUUAUCGACUGCUCAACUAUCGAUGUCAAGACAUCGCAAGAAGUGGCUGCCGCCGUGGAAGCCUCCGACUUGGGAUCGUUCGCAGAUGCCCCUGUCUCUGGAGGUCAAGGUGGUGCCAAUGCAGGCACACUGACCUUCAUGGUGGGAGGCAGCCCAGAGGCUUUUGAGACAGCCAAGCCCACUCUCGAGCUCAUGGGCAACCCGGAGAAUCUCUUCCACUGCGGGAAAGCUGGUGCCGGGUUGGUCACCAAGCUCAUCAACAAUUACCUCUCAGCCGUCAACAUGAUUGGAGUCUGUGAAGGCAUGAACAUGGGUCGACUUUACGGCCUGGAUCCUGUAUUACUUGCUAGUGCUAUCAAUAGCUCCACCGGCAUGUCGCGGAAUAGCCGCGAGCAAAACCCAGUCAAGGGUGUUUCCUCUGUGGCUUCUUCGGCAAAGGACUUUGAGGGAGGGUUCUCGACUGUGCUCUGUCACGGUGUCCUCCAGAUGGCGAUGAAAUUGAGCGAGCAGCUUGGGGCCAAGAGUUUGCUGGCACCUGUGGUCCGGGACAUGUAUGACUGCGCUGUAGAGAACGACAAGUGUCGUGAUAAGGACUUUAGGAGUAUCUACCGACUAUUUAGUGAGGAUAAUGGAGACCAGUUGCCGCGUAGGGAUCUGAAGAAUUAG